AAUGAUGCUCAAAUUGUAGCAGAAAUAACAGUGGAUAAUGUUGGUGUACUUUGUUAAAACAUACUUUUAAAAUGCAAAUGAUUGCGUUCCAGUACACAAUCAAUCUCUAAACUAUGGCGACAAUACUGCACAGACUUGGACUGCUGCGACUUUGCACAACAGCUUCAACAACAAUACCAUGUAGACUGAGGUCAUCAGUCCCCAACACCACCCUGCCAGUGGUGCCACCAGAUGCAAAAGAUACUCAAGUUGACCACCUACCGAACCCAAACCAGACACCCGGAACUUGUAAAAUCCGCAAACUCCAUCCAAGGGAAGUCUCCAUCCUCUCCGGUAGUCAGCCAGUAGAGGGCGCCAGACUGAGAAACGAUGACCUGCGGUUGAUGUAUAACGCAGACCCAAACGGUUUCUUUCUAGCGACGACCGAGAAUGGAGAUGUCGUCGGAACUAUCGCAGCAGUUUGUCAGAGUGAGACAUUGGGGUUCAUUGGAUUUCAUCAUGUGGCAGACGCUUUUCAGGUGGAAGGAGCUAAGCUUUGGGAAACUGCCAUGGAGUAUCUGGGCGAUCGGAAUGUUGGGAUAGAGGUUGGGACGCCGGACAUUGGCAAAUAUACAGAGCUUGGAUUUAAAGAGCAAUGGAGGACUGGAUGCUUCAAGGGUACUGGAAUUCCCCUUCUACCAGAGGUGCAAAGUAACAAACUCCUGCGACCGAUUGCCGACAUUGGAUAUGGUAGAGUUGUAGACUUUGAUACAGAGAUAUGUGGCGUGCCAAGGAUCAAGUUCCUUCUGAGCUGGCUACAGAAUCUAGGUGGUCCCUCAGGAGCUGCUCAGGCAGUCUUAGAAGGUAAUCGAGUCAUUGGGUUUGGCGUAAUCCGCCCCCUGCAGGCAGCCUCCAGCCACCGCAUCGGCCCUCUACUGGCAGAAAACGCAGCCGCUACCCAAGUCAUCCUUCUGUCCCUCCUCAGUAAGAUAGCUAAGGAGACGCUCUUUAUUGACUCGCCUCUUUGUAACCCAUCCUUCACUCGGAUACUGGAGACGGAUUUGAAGAUGGAACAGGUCGACGAGAGAGCAAGGAUGUACUCGAGAGGAAAUCCGGGCAUCGAAGUUCAGAAAAUGUUUGGAGUCCUGAGUAAAGACAUUGGAUGAUUGGAGGGAUCAGUGUAUGAAUAGUAUCGAAUCCUAGUCUUGAUUCUUGUGUCCUUGAGCAAGAUACUUUACUUUAAUCUUAAUCGCUUCUCUUUAUCCAGGGGUAUAAACGGGUACCUUUGAGCCCCAUGGCAGCUCGAGAAGGAUACUCCCUAAGGAGCUGAGAAAAAUUAAAGGAAUGUUAUUGGCCCAAUGACUAGGGCUAGACGUUAUUGUGAAUUAAAAACUAGGUAUUCUUAAAGUAUCCAUCACUGCGUCGCGAUUCCCUGGUUGCAGUAAAUACUACGAGGGUUUCAUAGAGCUGCAUUUUGCGCUUAACAUUUUCCUGCUGAGCAAAACUUAGUAGAAAACCAGUUACAUUUUGUACAUGUAAAAUGGAACUUCUUC